AUGGUCUCAUGCCUCGCCUGCGCCCUUGACCCACUCCCCCAGCCGAGGCUCAUCCUCGCCCCCUACGACGCCCUCCGCCUCGUCAACCAGUCCAAAACCCCAAAACAACUCAGACAGCUCUACGCCCGGAUCCUCCGCACCGGCCUCUCUCGCAACCCCGCCGUCCUUGCCAUGCUCCUCCGCCUCUAUUCCUCCCACCGCCGCCUCGACCUCGCCUCCCAACUCUUCUCUGCCUUCCCCAACCCUCCCACCAUCGCUUGGAACCUCAUGAUCUGCACCCACGCUGCCGGCAGCGCCCCCCGCGACGCCCUACUCCUCUACAACCGCAUGAUUACCAGCGGCAUCCGCCUCGAUAAAAUCACCUUCCCCUUCGCCAUCAAGGCGUGCUCGAGCCUCUCCGAAGUUCGGAAGUGCAAGGAGGUCCACGCCUUCACUAUCAAGGUGGGUUUUUUCCUCGACCUAGUCGUCGAAAAUGCCCUGAACCAUUUCUACCUCACCUGCAGUGAUUCGGUGUCCAGGAGGAAG